AUGUCUACGAACAGCUCGUAUUUAGCUGCUAAACAGAUUUGCUCCGAUGAAGUUUACAAGGGACCAUCAUUAGUAUCUGAAAAGAAACUUGGUGUCAACAGGGAAAAAGCCAAACAGUGGACGUAUUACAUCGAAACACUUAAUCGAACCAUCGAUUGCAUCUAUGAAAUAUGUCAUAAAGAACAAACCGUUAAUGGAUGCAAAGAAGCGCUGAUGUAUCUUUCGAAUUCUGUUCGCGAUUUCGAAUCACUCAUCAAAACAAUUCAGCUGGAAGUUGAUUGGGAUGAAAAAAGUAGCAAACGCCAUGCAGUCGCUUGGGAAAUUCGAAAAGCAAUAUCACCACCUGGAAAGACAAUCGUUGAAGGACCGGAUAAAAAGGAUGCUGACAGUCUCAUCAAUAUGCUUAAACUAUCUCCAAUCGUUGUGCAUGAAGUUGUACAGAGUGCGGAAAAAAAAAUGAGUGCCAAAAUACCAGAAGUCGCACCAUCUGUAUUCUCUUCAACAGCAAUAGUACAGCACAAUGAAGUAUUAUCGGAUAAAGAGAAGGGGAUAGAACUAAGCAAGAUCUGCUUUCAUCAGAACAGUCUUUUUUUUGUAGAAGACCAGGGUGAUGAUGGAUGGCGUUUAGUAACGACGCGACACAGGCGGCGAAAGAGUGGUGAAGCCGAUUCUAUUCUGAUUAAUAACAAAGAGGAACAUAGUACUGCAGUGACGGCGUCUCCAAAAAGGACUUUUAUGAAUGUUUAUGAGCGUUUGUCUACCGGUGUUCUUCGGCCUCCGAAUUUAUCGACUCGUACGCCUGCUCUUUCUGAAUCAGGUGGACGAGGCUUAAUGUAUCCUAGAUGUGCAAUGGAUUUACCACAGACAAAAGCGUCUAUGGCAAAAGUGGCAUAUUGUCGACAGUUAUUGUGGAAGAAACAUCAAUCAGAUUUGGCAGAGAAGAUGGAACGAAGACGUCGUCAAGAUUUGCAAAGUGCUCGCAAAUCUGGUUCCGUUCCUGCUCUGUCGGCAAUUAAUUUUGCAGAUCCAGAUGCUGUUUCACGUAGUGCUGCAGCAUUCAAAAAUCGAAAGAAAGUAUUGAAAAAGGAUGAGACUGCUGGAAUAAUAAAGGAACGAAGUACACCGGCCAGUUUUGAGCGCAUAGAGGAAUUACCAUCGGAAAACGACGAAGAACGGGAAAACAUCCCUGCUCAUCUGGAGGAUUCAGUUGUUAAUCAUCCCAGUUCAGAUUACUUUACUCAUAGCAGAUCUGAACCACCGCUAUCCGAAUUAGUGCUGCCCGAUGAUAUAGAUGUAGAUGAUGCGUGGAGGGCAAUGACAGAAGAGGAAGAAUCGUUGGUGCAAGAAGAAGAAAGUUUAAAGAAAGAAAUCGAAGAGGAAGAAAGUAUUUCCAUUGAUGAUGAAUUGGAACGACAAGUGGCUGCUGAAGCUGCGGCAUUGGAACAGUUGGAAACUGAGGUGGCUGAAAAGCAUAAAUGUGAGGGAACUACUAAGACAGAAUCAUGCAGUAACAGAAAAGCCCCAGUAACAUGGCAAGAUGUCGUUAACAAUUGGAAACAGGAAAUGGAGGAAUAUGCGUCGAUAAGUUGGAGUGAAAUUGUAGAAAGAGAAAUCACUCGUUAUCGUAAGCCGGGUGAAUUUGCUGAAAGGCAUGAAAAAUUAUCUUCACCGAGCAGGAAAAGAAAAAGUGAAGAUGCGACAAAACGACAUAAGGAACGGCAAAAAAGAGCUGAAGAAUUGCGUCAAAUGUUGCAGGAGCAGAAAGCUCGACGAUUGAAAGAACUGUCCAAUAAGGUAGAAGAAGUACGGCGAAAGCGAGCUGAACUAAAUGAACGGAAACGUGAGCAUUUACAGAUGCGCAUGGCAAAGGCUGAAGAAAAUCGUCAAAAAAGUAUUGAGGAAAAAGUGAAAAAAGCACGAGAUGAUGACGUCAAGGUUAUGGAAGUGCAGUUCAUCAAUACAAUAGAAGCAGAUAAUAUGAGACAUGAUGUUAUGAUUCGUAGUCAGGAAUGGGAGCAUAGAGUACAAACGAUUGCGAGUGAACGGGCUAGGAAAAGUGAGGAAAAAGCUGCUAAAGAAGCAGCAGCUGAAGAACGCCGAAAAAUCGCAGAAAAUCAACGAAGAGAAAAAAUACGAAGAAAAUUCGUGAAACACGAGCUGCUCGAAGCACAACGUAACGAACAAGAAAGGGAAAGAAGUGAAGCUGCUCGAGAAAGAAAUAAGCAACUGAAUGAGCGCGUCGCAGAAAAGAAAGCAACGGAAGCUGUUGAAAGUGAAAAAUUAAUGAAGAAGAUCCAGAAAAAGCAGGAAGAAACACGUCGCCGUUAUGAGAAUACUUUGACACAAGUGAAACAUCGUGCUGUUGAACUAAGUAGUCCGAGACCUAUGGAAUCAGUGAUUUCUUUAGUCGACUUUAGUCAGAUACCUUCGGAAACCUCUUAUGUUUCAAUGCUCGAGGGGGCAAUUGAUGGUGGAAGCUCGAAGAAAUGCAAGCUUUGUGAUACUAUACUGGACAGUGAUUUUUUAAUUAUGUCGCAUUUCCUUAGCACUUCUCAUCUAUCGAAGGCAAAUAUUGACAUCAAAAAACUAACUUAUGAUUGUUUGAAAACACAGAUUGACCAAAAUACUGAAGACGUUAGUGUUGAGGCAACCAGGCAACUAUCUUUGGGAGGCGAGAGUGAAGUUUCAAAACAAAGUACGAGUGCUAAAAAACGUCGAACCCGUCUUCGACAGAAGAUCCAGGCGAGGGCCAAAGAAUAUGAAAGCGUGAUUGGACGGAGUGAUUUAUCUGAAGCUUAUCGGACUCCGUUCGGAAAGACAAGUAUUGAUCGGCCUCUUCGGGAUAUCGCAAAAGUGUUAAAAGCAACUUUGGGAGAUGGUGAAAUUAAGGAUCGUUGCAGUGGAUUGGUAAAGGAGUCAUUCCAGAGUAAAGUUUAUCCAAGCACCGAUCUGCAUAUCCUUGAAAGGUCGCUAUCCGAAAUUCUGCGAGCAUUGCGAACAUCCGACACGCUGCAAAAACGUGAAAUGCUUUUGAAAGCAGUAGUGCAGAAUGAUUUUAUAGAUAUUUUGACGGCAAUGAUAUCCUGUGCAACUAAUGGCAGCACAGUCAUACCUUCUAGAACCUAUUGUAAAGCUUUGUCCACCCUUGGAGAACUUGCCACCAUCGAUAAAUUUAUUGCUUCAAAGUUCUUUUUCUCCAAUCGCAUCUUUGCACUUUUAGAUGCAUAUUGCAUCAAGUCUAGAGUAGUCUUCAUGUAUUUAAUACCUUACGUAAUUUUUGUUUUUCAUAUGAUGGUUUGGCAAUUUUUAAAAGAAACCUCGCACAUGCCAACCAAUGAAGGAUCUCACCGACUUUUAAUUGAAUGUGUUGUGUUGUGUUCGACGUUUUUAUGUGUCAUGGGUUCUUUGUAUCCAAAAGUCAAGGGAGAAGUUUCAAGUAGUGCAAUCGUAUUUGGUAUCACAGAUGACGACAUAUACGUAAAACUGUUGCUGAGCUUAAUUCAUUCGAAUGGGUAUGGCGAUGCUCUUUCUCUCCUCAUCAAACACACAGGCACAAUCGAUGCACUACCUUGGUCAAUUCAACUUGAUUCUAACGCAAUAGCGAUACCUAUCAUGGUUUAUAUUGGUAUGAUUUUGGAAACUGGAGAAACACUUUACCUACUCGGAUGUAAGAGAAGAGGAAAUGAAGCAGAUGGAUCAUGUGAAAAAUCGCCACUUAUAAGUACUGCAGCUCCCGCAGCAAUUCAGCAGCUCGCAGUUCGAAUUUAUUCAAUGAUAUCGUCAGAUUGCAAUUCGUCAGUUACUGCCACAGUAUCUGUUGUGUCGACAGAAAAUCAACGUGAAGAAAUUUAUGUUACUCAGUUAUUGACGACAUCACUUUUCCAGCUCUGGUUUUUGCUUUUGAAAAGGGAAUCGUAUGAAGCAAUCAAAUGUCUCGAAAACAGUGAACUUUGUUUACGAUUGAUUCACAUCACUAUGACAAUGGUGGCUCAAACUGAGAAAGUUAUUUCUGCAAAUGCGGAAUCGCCAAAUUCGAAGGCUACGGAGAAACGUAUUAGAAAUUUUCUUCAUUUCCUUAUUGAAGUUAUUGGAUAUUUUGCAACUGCCAAUGAACGGGCUAAAAUGUUUUGUGUACUUGGCUGGCAACGUUCAUUGUUAAUGCAGCUUGUUUCUUUACCACUGGGAUAUUUUUCAAAUCGUGAAUUAAUGGCAAUAUUGAUGCCAACUCUGAUCGCUAUUUGCUAUCAAAAUCCCAUGGCAAUCGAUUUAAUCAGGCCAUCGCUCAGUGCAAAAACUUUUGCAAUAUAUCUCGAAGCAGCUCAAGAUGAGCAUUUUCCGGAACCAGCGCGAUUUCCGAAGAAAUUUUGGUCGAGUGCAAUAAAAUAUUUCAACAGUUGUUAA